AUGCUCCUAAUGUAUUUCAGAUACAGGGAUUGGACCAUGGAAAAGAUUCGAGUUUCCGACGAGGAGAUUAUAGUGGACAGCAUGAUUUUGGCAAGCAGAAGUGAAAAGGAGAAUCCUGCUCUACCGAGCUAUGGUCGCAACCUGGUGCCCUACUUCUGCCCCAACAGCUCAGCAAAUCCGGGCGAGGAAGAUUUGAAUGUCGCUACUGACCUAGAUGCCUAUCGCAGGGCCGGAGGGGAGAUCCAUGCUAUCCCUCAACCCGAAGCAAGCAAAGAUGGCGCUGCGAAGGUGUCUCUGCGCUGCGGCGCUGAGCUUUCUGAACUGGGCAGGAGCUUUAGCAAGCCCUUGAAGAUGCGGAAGAGAGGAGCAGCAGCCAGAGGCAGGACCAAGGUGACAGCUGAGUCAGUUUCCUCCCCAACGUCGCCGCUAGACGGCGCUCCUGUCCUGACGUCAUCAUCUUCCGACAGCGACACAACCGACUCUGAGCAGCAACACAGGGCAGGGUCUGUCCUGCUUGCUCAGGGCCCGACUUGGCAGCAGGAGGAAUUGGCGAGGAGCCCUGUCAAAGUGCAGAAGAAACCCUCCAAGCUUAACGGCAAAGGGGACCGCUCGGGCCCCAAGCCCGACUGCGCGGGAUCAGCAAAGCCUAGUCAGCACGUCAAGAAGCAGCCAGCUGCGAGCAGCAGGAACAUCCCCUCCGCUAGCCCCGUGCUUCGGGCACGCCAGGGGAGCGCGCAGAGAUCAUCAAGGGUUUCUGAAUCCAGGUCAACUCUGCCGGAGCGCUUUGCCGGAGCCGCCUUCCACAACUCCCCGGCCCCUAGCUGCCUGCCCAUACCGUCCUUCGUUCAUCAGAAGGGACAGGACAGCCUGGCUCUAGCGCAGCGGAACCUCUUCCCGUCCCCCCCGCGUGCGUCGUCCCCUUCCCAGGAGGGGCUCCUGUCCCCCCAGCCCUCAACGCCGAUUGCAGGCCUCUGCACACCAGACGUUCUCAGGACUCCCAGCCCGAUGGCUGCAACCGCUUUGGCUUCACAGAGCGGGCGCGAUGUUCAGCAGGGGAGUGCGGAGCAGGCCACCCGCAAACUGCACGAGUUGCUUAAGCUGGGGACGCCGUCGCCUGCGCCAAACCCGAUUAGCGAUCGGGCCCAGUCGCAGGUUGCGACGGCGAGUCUCAGGAGGAUGCUGCAGUUGGCCUAGGAAGGGUCGGGGCCCACCAAAGGUGUCGUCAAGUGGGUAAUCUAGGGUCUCUGGCAGCGUAGCGGCGCGUUGCUAGGGGAAGUGGUCCGGUCGAGAGUCAGAGAUCAGAGUCCUGUGCUCAACCCUCCUGCUGCUUUGCGGGGGAGCUCGAGCGGAGCCCUUUGUUCUUGUAGGUCGUGCCGCAGGUCGUAGUUGCAGCAUAGCUGCCCUGUGCUUGAGAGGGGUUCCUCCAAAUUGUACAUACUGUAGGAGGGUCCGCUCGAGCGCAGUGCAGCCUAUUAUAAGAUCCGCAGUCGUGAUAAUCAUUUGGGGCUAGGGUAGAUGUAAAGUCGACAAGGCUGCAGCAUUCAGCCCAAGUGCUCGGUCAGUUUAGUUUGCAUGAGCUUUCUCUAGUCAACGUCAAAGUCGCCCGCAGCCAUAAUUACGGGUCAGUGUUGAUUUGGACAUGUACAGCAAAGCUAGCGGAAGGUCUGAAGCUGUAGCUUACCCGAGUCUUAAGGGUUUAAGCGCGGUUUUGGGGGGUUCCUGGGAUGGAGCUGUAAAGAAGCACGACGGAGAGACUGAGAGGGAGGGCCAUAGCAAGGCCAUGGGAAGCGCAGGAUUCAUGGUUUUCCACGAGCUGGGGUAAAGGAUUGAACUGGCUGGGAGCGCCAGGAAUGCAGAGGUGAUUGAUGGGUGAUGGGCUGGCGAUGGAGAAGAGCAUAUGGGCUGGGAAGACGGUCUGGGUACGAUGAGAAAAGACGUUUGCAGGAGAAGUCCGAGAGAAGAAUAUUGAAAAAUAGAAGAGAGCCCCACUGAGACAAGCAUCCAAGCGAAAUAUCAAUCUGGAUGGUCUAAUAUGGAUACAUAUGCUGCAUCCGCU